AUGGACGACGAAGCAGAAACCUACAAGCUAUGGAGAAUUCGUAAAACCGUUAUGCAAUUGUGUCAUGAUAGAGGCUACCUAGUAACACAAGAUGAAUUGGACCAAACCCUAGAACAAUUCAAGGAACAUUUUGGAGACAAACCCAGCGAGAAACGUCCAUCAAGAAGUGACCUGAUUGUGCUAGUCGCCCACAACGACGACCCCACAGACCAAAUGUUCGUAUUUUUCCCAGACGAGCCUAAAAUCGGCAUCAAAACCAUCAAAACAUACUGUCAAAGAAUGCAAGACGAAAACAUCCAUAGAGCCAUUAUUGUGGUGCAAGCGGGCAUGACUCCUUCAGCCAAACAGUCUCUAGUAGACAUGGCUCCCAAAUAUAUUUUGGAGCAAUUUUUAGAGUCCGAGUUGCUGAUUAAUAUUACUGAGCACGAGUUGGUGCCAGAGCAUGUUGUGAUGAAUCCUGAGGAGAAACAGGAGCUUCUAGCCAGGUACAAGUUGAAGGAGAAUAUGUUGAUGAGGAUUCAAGCUGGUGAUCCUGUUGCCAGAUAUUUUGGACUUAAAAGAGGACAGGUGGUGAAAAUUAUUCGUUCAUCGGAAACAGCCGGCAGAUACAUUUCCUAUCGUUUGGUCACCUAA